AUGCCCGAGCACACAGAAAGGCAAAAGUUUCUGCUGAAGAAAUACAACAUGGACCCCGAGACUUGGCUCUCACGAGAUGAACUAGAAGAGGGAAUCAAUCAGUAUGUGAUUCGAAGCAAGGGAUCGAAGAAGACAGUACGACGGAAUAUUUUGCAAUUGAGGGCAAUUUUCAAAGGAUAUCGCUUCCGACCGCCUUCUUCUGGUGAACACAGAGAUGAAUCGAUGAAUCAAAACGAAACGAUUGAAAAACUCAAAAUUCAAUUGAAAAAAGAGCAGAAAGAAAAUCUAAAAUUGCACGAGAAACUUUUUCGAUCAAUCAAAACGCAAGAAUCCGUCAAUAAAAUGAAUGAAAAGCUCCUCGAAGGGAAAGAAAACAGCCUCCUUCAAAGGAAUUAG